UGGUGUUGAGUCAAGGCUGAGCUCUGGCAGAAGCUCUUCCCACACUCGGGACACUCACAGGGCAUGUGACAUCGCAAGGAGCGGAGCUGGAUGCCAGGCACCCUCCAAAGCUGCUCUCUCACUGCCCUCCAGAGAUGGAGAGGAGAGAGAAAAUAGAAUGAAGGCUUCAUGGGUUGAGUUAAGGACUGGGACAGAUCUCUCAGCAAAUGCCAUAAUGGGCAAAAAAGUUCAAAACUAGAGACAUUAAUUGAAUUUCUUGCUAUCAAUCACAGCAGGAUAGUGAGAAGUAAAAUAGAGCUUUAAAAACACCUUCUGCCCAUCCUCCCUCCCUCCCAGCUCUGCCUCCUCCCCCAGUGGUACAGGGAGACAGGCAGUGGGGGUUCUGCUCAGUUCAUCACCCCUUGUUACUCCUGCUGCUCGGGGAGAGGAGUCGUUCCCUGCUGCACCAUGGGGUCCCUCCUGGAGACACUUCUCCAUGAACUUCUCCCAGGUGUUACCACCAUUUCUCACUGGCCCAGCCUUGGCCGGUCCAUCCUGGAGCCAGCUGGCAUUGACUCUGCAGGACAUGGAGGAGCAGCUGCUUCCAGCAGCCUCUCACAGAAGGUGCUCCUAGAGCCCCCCCUUACCAAAACCUGGACAUGCAAACCUUGUAUAAACAUGAAUCCGCAGUGCCCGAGCAGUAUUGCAGCUGGGGGCCCCUCUGCAGCCUGCAGGGUCAGACGUCCCCAUAAGGGGGACCCCCAGGAGCCUGGAAUGUGGAGCCCAGAGAGGGAGAACCCCGGCAGCCUGGAGAUGUUGGGACCAUGGACAAGGGAGACCCAUGGGGACCCCGGGGCCCUGCAAUGGGGACCCCACACAGGCAGCACCCCUGGAGCCCCUCUGACACCCACCUGGGCAGCCCAGAGAAAGGGAACCUCUGGCAUUGCCAGGAGCCCCUGCAGCCCAGAGAGAGGGGAUACCAAUGCACACUGGAGCUGCAGAAGGCCAGACAGGAGGGAGCCCCUGAACCCCAAAGAGGAGAGACCAGAGCAGGGAAACUCCUGGAACAGGAAUCCCAAACCUUGGCCCGAUGGAGGAGGAGGCUGCAAGGAAGAUGAAGAUCUGCUGGGAGCCCCAGGCAGACCAGGAGCUGAGACCAGAGAGGACAAAUCCCCACAGCAGAACCUCAUGGCAGAGGCUGUUUUGAGAGGCUCAACAGUGCAGGAAUUCAGUGGGGACAAAAAGCCCCGGAGAUCCCACAUGAAGUGGGGCUGCAAACCCAGCUCGUGGAGCCAUGAGGAGGAAAGACCCACCCUGUGCUGGGAUGGGGGCCAGAGAUCCAGAUGCAGCUCAGAGCUGGUGAUUCCCUUCAUGGCAGAGAGAAGCCCUACAAGUGCUUGGAAUGUGGGAAGAGCUUCAGUCCAUGCUCCAGCCUCCUCACCCACCUUUGCAUUCACCUGGAUGGGAGCCCCUUUGAGCAGAGCCAGAUUUGAGAUGGAAUAUUAGGAUUCCCAGAGCCAGGCAGGUGAGUGCACCCAGCACAUCCACCACCGACCUGGAGAUGCUGCAAGUCCAGUACAGUCAGAGCAGGGGUGAGCUGGGGGAGCCAGGGGCUUGGGGGAUCCAUGGGAGUAGGGGCUAUUUGUGGGGCUGGGAUGGGACUUGUCCUCCUGCUCCUCACCAUCCUGUGUUCUCAGAGCCCAGUCACUCCCAGUAUGAUCCCUGUGGCCCUCAGAAUGCUUCCAGUUGCUCCCUACUGCUCCCAGUGUGAUAUCAGUGGCCUCUAGUAUAGUCCCAGUCACUCCCUGUAUGAUCCCAGUCUCUUCCACCAGGGUCCCAUCAUGCCCAGUUGCCCUCAGUGUAGACCCAGUCACUCCCACUUGCUCCCAGUUGCCUCCAGCAUGGUCCCUGUUGCUCCCAGUGUGGUCCCUGUCGGCCCCAAGAGGGUUACAGACAUUCCCAAUAUAUCCCAGUUGCCCUCAGCAUGCUUGGAGUCAUUCCCAGUCACUCCCAGUAUGAUCUCUGUAGGAUCCCAGGAGAGCCCAGUCACUCCCAGUAGGAGCCCAAAGCUCAUGGAACACCUGGAGGACCCAGCUGGAGGAAGGUCCCUACAAGUUCUCUGGCUGCAGGAAGAGCCCCAGGGAAUGGAGGUCCCACCAGAGCCACCACCCGAAGCAGGAGGUGGUGACAGCUCUGCAGCCUGGGGCCCAGGACCACCAGGGGGGCCUCCAGACCAACCCCCCAGCAGAUGGCUCACACAGCCCCUCAUCCUGUGCCCAAAAUCCCACUCUUGGCAUCCCUCAUCCCUCUCUGCAGUCCCCCCUGCCACAUCUGCAGGCCUCUGGGAAGAGCCCAAAGGGAUGGAAGUGCCUAAAAUGGUGAUGAAGUGCCCAAACUGCUCCCAGCUGUGGAUGUUCCUGUCCACAGACCUCCCCUGGUCAUUGCCAUGGAGAGAUGGGAGGGGGAUUAGGGGGAUGCUGAGAUGAUUGGAAGGGGGUUUUGGUGGCUCUUAAGGGCAUUUGGGGUGCUGGCAGGGGGUUUAGGGAGGCUUUGGAGAUGUCUGUGGUGGAGUUUUGGGAAUUCUGGAGGGGUU